AGAAAGAGAAAGAGAAAGAAGAAUUCCAAGGAAAAGAAGAAGAAGAAGAAAAAGAAGAAGGAGAAGAUGCAGACGAGCGAGCAAAGUCAGAAUCAGCAACUUCAGCAGCAAUUGAUGAUUCAGAACUCGGGAAGUCUGAGCUUCAACAGCAGCAAUCUGUCGAGAGAAGACGAGGAGAUGUCUCGGUCGGCGCUGUCGACUUUCAGAGCGAAGGAAGAGGAGAUCGAGAGGAAGAGGAUGGAGGUCAGAGAGAGAGUUCAGGCCCAGUUGGGUCGCGUCGAAGAAGAGACCAAGCGCUUGGCCAUGAUUCGUGAGGAGCUUGAAGCGCUUGCAGAUCCAAUGAGGAAGGAAGUUGCCCUUGUCCGUAAGAAGAUUGAUGCAGUAAACAAAGAAUUAAAGCCACUAGGCCAUACCUGCCAAAAGAAGGAGAAAGAAUACAAAGAAGCCCUUGAGGCCUUUAACGAAAAGAACAAGGAAAAAGUACAGCUGAUUACCAAACUAAUGGAGCUGGUGAGUGAAAGUGAGAAGUUGAGGCUGAAGAAGCUGGAGGAGCUGAGUAAGAACAUAGAUUCCAUACACUGAUGAUGCGAUGAUGAUGAUGAUGAUGAUAGUCCCAACCUUUGCUGAUAACUCUCUGAUUAGGCUUGUGUGAUGAUGUAU